UGUGGUGAGUGCUACUUAUAAUCCGAUAUAAGUAGUAUAUCAGGAACGAAGUAACAACAUGUUUGGCACACUGAAAAGAGCAAUCAAAGAAGAGAACCAUGAGAAAAAUGUUGCCAUAUGAUGCAGAAUCCAAGAAGCUAUCGAAUGAGACGAUAUUCGACCAAUUCGUCAAGGAUGUGGUGAAGAUGUGCAAAUGGCCGGUUUAGAAUAUGGUAUUCCAAAUUUAGCUAUGUACCAUACGUUUCACCAAAUAAACAAUCCUUUCAGUCUCCUCAGUCUUGUCUUCUUCACAUUUGGUGUCGCUGCCUCUGUCGGAGAUGAAGGUGCCGUGGCCGCAGGUGUUCGAGGAUGGAGAUGUGCGGACGUUCCUCAGGGACUUCGAAGCUGUCGCGGAGCUGGUUGGAGUGCAGGAGCAGAAGGCGAAGCUGGUGGUCUUGGGAACGCUGCUGAGGGGCCGCGCGAAGGCUGCGUACGACAACGCUCGGGAGCUGGAAGGUGAGGCGGCGUGGGACAAGGUCGUCGAGAGGCUCGUGUGCGAGUUCGACAGCCCUGCGGACAGACAAGAGGCGCUGCAGAAGUUUCGGACGCUGAGACUUGGCCAGGAUGGGGAUCCGUUGGUUCUCGCAGUAACGCUGACGAAUCACCUGCGACGCGCGUUACCCACCCUAGACGAAGAUUCACGGGAGCAGUUGCUUGCAUCUCAGUUCCUCGAAUGCGU